CUUUGGGCAAGGGGUGAACUUCAAUGGGAGGCAGCUGCUGGAGUAAAAACAAAAAAAAUGGCGCUGAUACAUGCUGGGCUUUUAUUAUUGCUGUUUGGUUCUGCCUAUACUUAUCAGUUUAGAGGUGGUGCUGAGUAUGGCCUGUUUGUGCAAAAUCCCGAAUUAGAGUGGGAGAGAAUGGAGACAGUGAUAGGUGAUGAAAUGGAGCGAGCCCCUGCACCUGAAACCAAAUCCUGGAGGAAAACAUCAGGUAGUGAAUCUUCAACACGUAAAGCCAAGGGGGUUCCUCAGUAUAGGAUUGUCUCAGCCUCCCAGGACCACAAAGAGGUUUUCAAGCCAGAAAAGGGUUUCAGACCCCUCCCUAACUCGGUCAUAAAUAUGUUAUUUGGGAGUCUUACCGCUACUGGUGUAACUGGAACAUCUGCAACAACAGUAGCAACAACCAGUCCAAAGCUGAUUGAAAUCCUGUGCCAUGUUGAUAGAAUGUAUGUAAGAGUCAGGAGAGAAGUCUUCAAGACUAGGAAUGCAUGGGAAUAUUUGAAACUAGGCACCUGUCCUGUUAAAGCAAGUACCAAAGACCAUUACUAUCUUCUGUCCCUUCUGGAAGAUGACUGUGGAUUCCAGAAAGAGAGUAGUGUAGAUAUGAGAACCAUUCGCAUUGUGCUCCACUACAAGCCAACUGGUCCAGUCCUAAGGGAGAAGUCAUUUGAUGUUCCGCUGCAGUGUAAAUUUCCCAGGUUCUUUCACUCCUUUAAAGUUGGCUUCUAUCCCAAACUAGAAGGAGGCACAGUUUUCAAAGCACUCAAACCAAAAGGUUUCACUAUAACUCCUCAAGAUGCCUCAGGGAAUAAAAUCGUUGGUGCCAAAACCUACACCUUGGGCCAGCCAAUGUACUUUGAGGCAAAGCAAGCAGAAAGCACUGCAGGUUCUGGAGCAAAGAGGAUCUACAUUAACAAGUGCUUUAUGACAGCCUCCCAAAACCCCAACUCCAAUCCUAAAUAUACAGUCAUUGACAACCAAGGCUGUAUGAUUGAUGGUGUUGUGACUGACCAGUCAAAGUUCAUUACUGAUUCCUCAAAGAUGACCCAGAAAUUCAGUGUGGGUGCCUUGAUUUUCCAAGACAACAUUUCUACUUCGUCCUCAUCACAGCAACUCUACAUGCACUGUGAAGUCUCUAUGGGGAUACUUACUCCAACUCAGAGUUCAAAGGCUUGCAAUUAUGAUCCAGCUACCAAAAAGUGGAAGGAGCUAUAUGGUGAUGACUCUGUUUGCGCCUGCUGUGACUCCACCUGCCCCUCUGCACAGCCAAAGGCUUCUAGAGAUAUAACCUCCAGUCACUCUUGGAAGGUGGAUUUGAGCUGGAAGGACAGAUAUGCAGCAGUGGACCCUUGGAUGAAAUCCUACAAUGCUGACACGUUCAGUUUGGAGGACCCUGACAUGGCUGAGCAUGAAGACUUCCUAAAGUACUGGGAGCAUGAUUACUAAAAGCACUCAUGUGGGAAUGAUACAACAUUUUAAAUAAAACCCUUUGUACUUUG